GGCAGCGCCGGCCGCUACGGAAGCGGGGCUCUGUUGCUGCAGAGACGGCCGGCUGUCGCCGAUGGUUGCAGCGCGAGGACCAUGACGGGGAAGAAGUCUUCCCGGGAGAAGCGGCGAAAGCGGAGCGGGCAGGAGGCAGCCGCUGCGCUGGCGGCCCCGGAGCUGGUGCCAGUGCUGGGCGGGAGCGCGGGCAGCUGCGGGAGCGGCGGCUGCUGCGGGGGCGCCGGCGGCGGCGGGGCGAGUGUGGCGGGCGGCGCGGAACGGAGCGAGCGCCGAAAGCGGAGGAGCACCGACUCGUCCUCCAGCGUCUCGGGCUCCCUGCAGCAGGAAACCAAGUAUCUUGUACCAACUCUGGAAAAAGAAUUAUUGGCAGAGCACAGUGAUGUUGAAGAAGGUGGAUUGGAUCUGACUGUUUCAUUAAAACCAGUUAGUUUCUAUAUAUCAGACAAAAAAGAAAUGCUCCAGCAGUGCUUCUGUAUAAUAGGAGAAAAGAAGCUGCAGAAGAUGCUCCCUGAUGUGCUGAAGAACUGUUCAGUAGAAGAAAUUAAAAAACUAUGCCAGGAACAAUUAGAGCUCCUGUCUGAAAAAAAAAUCUUGAAGAUUCUUGAGGGUGACAAUGGUUUGGACUCUGAUAUGGAAGAGGAGGCAGAUGAUGGCUGUAAGGUGGCACCUGAUUUAAUCAGUCAGCAAGAUACCUGUAUAGAUUCUACUUCAUCCCUCAGAGAGAACAAACAACCAGAAGGUUUGGAAUCAAAACAAGUUUCUAAAAGGCUCAAGUAUGAUUUGAGUAGCUAUGCAGGCAAAGGGGAAGAUAGUGAUGUACUCAGUAUAAAUGCAGAUGCUUAUGACAGCGAUAUAGAAGACCCAAGCAAUGAAGAAGCUGCUGCUGCUGCUGCUGCUGCCGCCGCCGCCGCCGCCGCCGCCGCCGCCGCCGCCUCUGCUGCUGCUGCUGCUGUUGCUACUGCUGUUGCUGCUUCAGAGGUCCCAGAGAAUACAGUCCAGAGUGAAGCUGGUCAGAUAGAUGACCUGGAGAAAGAUAUUGAAAAAAGUGUGAAUGAAAUUUUGGGACUGGCGGAGUCUAGCCCAAAGGAACCCAAGGUGGCCACCCUGACUGUUCCUCCACCAGAAGAUGUUCAGCCUUCUGCACAGCAACUGGAGCUUCUGGAACUUGAGAUGAGGGCAAGGGCAAUUAAGGCUCUCAUGAAGGCUGGUGAUAUAAAGAAGCCAGUCUAGCUUUCUCACUUGAAUUUGUGUGUGUUUGAAUGAAGCCAUGUCAUAUAAUUUUGUAUCUGAUGUUUAUUUUGGGUCUCAUGUGAUAUUUCUCAUGUAAAACUUAUUAGGUAAACUCAUCUUAGGCUGAAAUUAUAUAUAUUUUUUACUUUUAUAUUAUAGAUUAUAGAUGAGUGUUUAAAUUCAUGACAAAUAUGGUUGGAUACCUUGUGUAUUUCUUUUAGUUAUGUUUGUAAACUGGUAUUUUAAAAGCCAACAGGAAGCAGUCAGGAUUUUUUUUCUUUGUUUUUAAGUUUGAGCAACAAACUCAAAAGCUUUAAGAAAGAUUGGCCAAGCAUGUUUCUCUUAAGGCUACCUGUAUUUUUCAAUAGAAUAUUAAAUUAUUGCUCCUAGAUUUGUUAACAGUUUCAGAACUUUAGUUUUGUGUAUAUAUACUUUCAAGAAAUGUACUGUUUGAGGAUGCCUUUUGUGGAUGUGGGUUUCCUAGCUAAAACUAAUGAACUGUUUUGUUGUGAGACUGAGAGAUCUGAAAUUGCUUUAAAAGCUUUUUUUAAUAAAGAAAAAGUUCAACUUAAGGCUAUUUUUUUAGCAAUGUAAAGUUAAUUUCAUGUUUAAUUCCAGCAACAAGCCAUUCUGACAUAUGUUUGGUUUUUUGGAGGAUAUUUUGUUCACAUUUUUUUUUCUUCUAUUAAUUUUUUCACUUACAUUCCAAUCUAUCAGGAAAGGGAUAAUAUAUGAUGAUACAGGGUUUCAUUUGAUGUCAUUGUUUGAAGAUCUGAUGUAUAGUUCCAUAAAUUAAAAUAAUAAAGGCUCUUAUUCUGGAUAUGAAGACUUGAUACUUUUCCAAAACAAAAUUUGACUUUAAGAACCUUUGAUAAGUUGAUGUUGUAAUUAAGCUAAUUUUUUAUACUUUUUAAUAAACAAAUUAGCACCUUGCCACAAUUAUAGAUAUCUUUUGCUUCAUUAUUAGUUACACUUGUUUUAUACCAAAAUAAAUUUUGGUAGGGUCCCUUAAAAAUAAAUGACUUUUUUUCUAAAAUAGAA